UGGUUCGGGGAGAGGUACAUCUCGGAUGCCAUUUGUAAUAUUCGAGUAAGACGUGGUUUAGAGAUAAAGUGAGGUAGAAGUUGGUGUGAAUAUAACUCCCCUCCUAAACCCGUGAGAGAUAUAUGAAUGAACUAAAAUUACAUCUCCAAAUGAAGAGGUGAGGAAGUGUAAUAUGGAGAUGGAGGUGUUUUAGCAAUCGUUUUGGGUGGUAGGAGGGAGGAGGGAAGUUUGUUGGUGUUCUAUAAAUUUCCAAAUUCCAAACUCCAAAAACUCCCAACCCGCAGCUUAGCGUAGCUUAGCUUAGCUUAGCUUAGGUUGGCAACAGAACAAGUACAUCAUGGCAACAUUCAAAAUGGCCUUCGAUUCUCUUCCUCCUUCCCUCUCUUCUUCUUCUUCUUCUUCUUCUUCUUCUUCUUCCUAUGUUCUCCCCGAUCACAUGAGACCUGAUCUCCAACGCGUAUCCCACACCAUUUCCGUGCCCACCAUUGACUUGGAUCUUCACGACCGAUCCCUUCUUGUCCACCAAGUAUCGGAAGCCUGCCACAGCUUCGGCUUCUUCCAAGUCACCAACCACGGGAUCCCACAACACUUGUGCGACGCCGUCUUGGACACCACCACCCAAUUCUUCCACCUCCCUCCCGAACAAAGAAACCAAUACGUGACCACGGAUCACACUAAGAAAGUUAAAAUCUUCAAUUACUACGCCAAGGACGUGGAGGGGCGGAAGAUCAAUCUGUGGAGCGAAACCUUCACGCUUCCCUGGGAUCCGAUGGGGCAGAAAUUUCUAAAUGACGUACCCCAAAACCCACCUCAGUACAGGGAAGUGUACGGGGAAUACGCCAGGGAAAUGGGAAGGUUAAUGGAAAGGGUUUUGGGGCUCAUGUCGUUGGGGCUGGGGCUUGACGAGGGGGCUCUCAAGAGAAGCAUAGGGGAGAAGCCGGAGCUGUACUCGCAGGCUAAUUACUAUCCGCCCUGCCCACAACCAGAGCUCACCAUGGGCCUCGGCACUCAUACUGAUAUUGUGGCCAUUGCUGUGCUGUUGCAGACCCAAGAGGCCGCUGGCCUUCAGAUCAUGAAAGAUCACCAAUGGGUCUCUCUCCUUCCUCAUCCAAAUUCAUUGGUCGUUAACGUGGCCGAUCAAAUUCAGGUAUUGAGCAAUGGAAGGUAUAAAAGCGUGAUCCACAGGGCUGUAACCAACCGCGCGAGGGGAAGAUUAUCGCUAGUAAUGUUCUAUGCACCCAACGACGAGACGGUGAUGAAGCCCAUUGAGGAGCUGACCGACGAACACCACCCGCCCCUCUACAAAAGCUUCACUUACAAACAAUUCAUGCACGAAUUCCGCGCACAAGAAGGAACAAUAAGAAGAGUCAAGGAGAGUUUCCAGCUCACCAACUCUCUCGACACCUAAAUCCUUGCUUGUUUCUUUAACCAAAUGGGCCCUCGGCCCAACCGAUGCUGUUCUGGACCAAAACACCAUUUCCCUCGCUUUUGUUGUUGAAUGAAAGAAGUAAACACGAUGCCACAUCAGAGAAAUGGCUGGUUAAUUGGCACGUGUGUUUUUUUCCCCCCAAAAUGCCAACAGCGAUGCCACGUCGUUGGAUGACUCAUCCCACUUCGGCUUUCAAUUUGGAUUUGUAAAGCUGUAUAUUUAUUUAAUUAAUUAUGCACAGUUAGUUGGGAACUAGAAGUGGGGGCAGAGAAAAGGAAAAUGAAUCUGAGGCCGAUAGGAGGGUGGGGGUUACAAAGUGAAGCGCCCAAUUAUAUUCCACAUUUUAUAAGAAAAAGAAAAUAAAUGGUGGUGCAGAGAUAUAUAAAUUGGGACUUAUAACAAUUAUAAAUGUGCAUUGAAUAAAAUAAAUGGAGGAAAGCAUGCAUGGGGAUGGACCAAUGGUAGAAUGCCACGUCCAAUACUGUUUACUACCAUUUACAAUGCCCUAAAUAUCUUUGUACGUU